CCAGCAGCCUCAAAACCCCAACAAUCAGGCUGACACCGACUCUGACAAAGUCCUGAUCGAGGAAGGUCGAGCUUUUAAAAGAUCACAUCUGGAUAGUGGAUCAGAAAGCGGCUAGAGUCGAGAGGAAACUCCUGCGCAAGACGAAAUGAUCGUGAGGAGAUUCUGCAGGGAAGAUGUCUUAUCACAGUAAGGAGUUAAUGGAUCAUGUUGCCUUCGUGCCUCCUCUGGCUCUCCACGGCAUCUCCAUGGAUAACAGCGGUGCGCACUACAGAGACGCGCUCCGGCUCGGACUGCCCUUCCACCUGGACGCUGCCUACCUGGACCCCGGCCAGAGGUCCCCCUACAGACGUUUGUCGUACUUCCCCUUCGGUGUGUGUGAUUAUUCCUUCGAGCCCGCGUUUAUCCGCAAAAGGAACGAACGGGAGCGCCACCGGGUGCGCUGCGUAAACGAGGGUUACGCGCGUCUCCGGGAGCAUCUGCCGCAGGAGUUUGAGGACAAACGACUCAGCAAAGUGGAGACACUGAGGGCGGCCAUCGACUACAUCAAACACCUGCAGAAACUUCUGGACAUGAACGUCUCCGGGAUGCAGAUGUCGCUCGGAGACAACCAGAGGACAGAAUGCAACAGUGAUGGAGAGUCCAAAACCAGCCUGAGCGACAGCGGGGAGGCGGUUUACUAGAUGUUUCUCUCCAAAACCUGCUGAAUAUUAAGGAGGAAAAAGACACAAAAAUGAAAAGACAGUGAAAGACAACCUUGUGUUUUUACAGUAGAGAAUAAAAUCUACUUUAAAUGAGCUUUUAAUUGACUUUGUGACUGCCUGCUUUUGUUGUUAACGCACAGCAAAUAUCAGAAAAAGCAGAUAUUAAAAGCAAAAAACAACAAAUAUGAGCAUGGACUUUCAUUCUUCACUUUUGAAGACAGUGCAUGUUGCAAAAUAAUCUAUUUUUUCUCACUUAUUUUGCAGCAUGUUUUAGUUUCAGGUGCAGUGAUGUAUUGAAAUAUCAAGGUCAUUUUUUGAGGUCAUUUCUGUUUACCAGCAGUUCUCCUGCAUGAAACACUGAAUAAUCUUCACUGCAAAAGCUUCUGACUAAAAUGACAGUGGAGUCCUGGCCAGGUUAUGCAAGAAAAAAUUGAAUAAACCUUUUUUGAGGGACGAAAUGCUCGAUAAAGACAGUUUAGAGCACAAAUAAAGCCAUAAUUUAAAGUCUCUUGCAUUAUUGUGGACUUUGAUGACCUAAUAAUCAGUAAUUCAAAUUAAGUUUCCACCUUUAAGACCUCUAAAUUAAGGAAUCAAAAGUAGAAAAUACGUUUUUAUAAUGCAGUUUAAAUGUUAUGGCUUUCCUUUUUUAGACAAACUUGUAGU